AUGUGGAAUAAUUUUAUCAAACGUUAUGUUUCUACAGCAAGUUAUGAGGUAACUUUUCUACGUUUUAUACAGUCAUUUAAAUUUUCUAAUAUUUAAUUAUGGAGCAAAAAUUUAAUAAUACUCUUGACGAUGAUAAUUCAUAUAAGGUAUAAUAUAAAUUAUUAUUUGAUUUAUACCAAAUAAAUUAAAUAAGAAUAAAGAAUGUUAUUUAUGUAAAGGAUGUUGAUAUGUAUGUUUAUCAAAAUUAUUUCUUCUAAAAAUAUUUGUUUAUAGGCUGCUAUAAAAGCAUUACAUAGUUUACAAAGCAAUAGUAGUUACUUAAAAUUGGCAGUAAAAAAUAAUUCAAAGAAUGAUUUUUGCAAAUUGUUUGAUACAAAACAAUAUUUACUCAGAUCUGGUAUUACACUUGAAAAGUUAGAUACUUUGUCAGUUAUACAUGUAGCAGGUACGAAAGGAAAAGGUUCUACUUGUGCAUAUACAGAAGCUAUUCUACGUAAACAUGGUUUUAAAACAGGAUUUUUUAGUUCUCCACAUUUAGUUAAUGUAAGAGAACGUAUAAGAAUAAACGGACAACCAAUAAGCAAAAUGCAUUUUACUCAGAAUUUUUGGAAAAUAUACAAAAAACUAGAAAAUACAAAAGAAUGUGAAUCUGAUAUGCCCUCAUAUUUCAAAUUUUUAACAAUUCUUAUGUUUCAUGUAUUUUUGGAUGAACACGUUGAUAUUGCUAUAAUUGAAGUUGGAAUUGGAGGUUUAUAUGAUUGUACAAAUAUUGUAAGAAAUCCUGUAUGUGUAGGCAUAACUAGUUUAGGGUUAGAUCAUACUUCUUUACUAGGUAAUACACUUGAAGAUAUAGCUUAUCAAAAGUCUGGAAUUUUUAAAUCAGAAACUGUUGCUUUUUCUGUUCCACAAUUAUCUGAAGCAAUGCAUGUAUUGGAGAAAAGAGCAAUUGAAAGAAAUUGUAAAUUACGUAUUAUUCCAUCUUUUGAUGAAUAUAAGUGGGAAAAUCUUUCACCUAUUUUACAAAUAACAAAUGAAGUUCAGCAACAAAAUGCAUCUUUAGCUAUUCAGAUAGCUACUGAAUGGAUACUAUCUAAAACAAAUAAAGUUCCAAACAUUUUACAUAAUUCUGUAAAUAAUGUAGUUUGUAAAUACGAAGAAAAUAUUGAAGUAACUGUAUCUAUGGAUAAGAUUGCAACAGGUUUAGUUUCUUGUAAGUGGCCAGGUCGAAUGCAAAUUUUGAGAAGUAGUGUUGGUGACUUUUUUUUAGAUGGUGCGCAUACUAUUGAAAGUAUUGAAUGCUGUAUUUCAUGGUUUAACGACAUGAGCAAUAAAGGAAAAAAACUUCUAAUUUUUAAUACAUCUAGUGCACGAGAUUCAAUUAAAUUAUUAAGACCAUUAAGAUCUUUAGAUUUUUAUAAAGCAUAUUUCGUACCAAAUAUUGCGGGAAUUAAAAAUUUAGAUGAUGAAAUGAAUAGCUCAUUAAUAGAUGAACAAAAAAUAAAAUGUGAAAUGAACUCUAAAAUAUGGGGAAUGAAUUCGAUAGUUCUGAAUAAUGUUCUUGAAGUUUUAGAAGAUAUAAAAAAGAAUUUGGAACAAAAAGAUGAUUGUGAAAGGAAUCAAAUACUUGUUACAGGAUCUUUACAUUUAAUAGGUGCAGUUCUUGCUAUUAUAGAUCCAAAUUUAACAAUGAAAACGCAAUUUUGA